GUUUGACACAUAUCAAGUAUGGAGGUGUGUGUAUGUGAAAAAUGCAAUGUUGAUGCAGGGACUGAAUAGACACACACACACACACAUACACACACACCGAGAGAAGAAACGGGGUCAACGGCGGAAAAGGAGGACACCUCUAAGUCGACAAUCGCCCCACGGUGACUCUCAUGACUCUCCGGGGUGGGUCCAACCCCCAAAAUCCGUCAUCCUAUUAUGAACUGCGAGAGAUCGGCUCAGGUCCAGAGUCCUCUUGCAGCUGCUUAGAGGAGCGAGGGUAGGACCAAGACAUCGGAGUUAGAGUCAAAUGAGGGUGGCCCGUCCGCUUUGUCCUGCGUUUCUCGGGCCCGGUGUCUGGCAGGCAGUGGUGCACAGUGCGUAAAUGCGUUCCGAGUAGAGACAGGCCUCCAAGGAGCACUUCAAUGUUGAUAUUCAGUCUUUGUCAGACAUCGUGGUAGUGCAUCGCGUUUUUUCAUAGCUCCGCUGAGCGGAUGGAGUGAAUUGUGCAAAAGGGGACUGAGACAGACCGCAGUUUGGUUGCGUGUGAUGAUAGGAGACACAAUGACGCUCUUGUCUCUUCUGGGUCGGAUCAUGCGUUAUUUUCUCCUCAGGCCGGAGACAUUGUUUCUGCUGUGCAUCAGUCUGGCGCUGUGGAGUUAUUUCUUCCACACAGACGAGGUGAAAACCAUCGUCAAGUCUAGUCGGGAUGCCGUGAAGAUGGUGAAGGGGAAAGUGGCGGAGAUGAUGCAGAACGACCGGCUGGGAGGCCUCAGUGUUCUGGACGCAGAGUUCUCCAAGACCUGGGAGUUCAAGAAUAACAACGUAGCAGUGUACUCCAUACAGGGGAGACGAGAUCACAUGGAGGACCGCUUCGAGGUGCUCACCGACAUCACCAACAAGACCCACCCGUCCAUAUUCGGGAUAUUUGACGGUCACGGUGGAGAGGCUGCAGCUGACUACGUGAAAGGCCACCUGCCAGAGUCCCUGAAACAGCAGCUGCAGGCCUUUGAGAGAGAGAAGAGAGAGAGCUCUCUCUCUUAUGCCAGCAUCCUUGAGCAGCGCAUCCUGACUGUGGAUCGUGACAUGCUGGACAAGCUCUCUGCCAACCAUGAUGAAGCAGGAACAACCUGUCUUGUAGCCCUGCUGUCAGACAGAGAGCUCACAGUGGCCAACGUUGGAGACUCGCGUGGUGUGUUGUGUGACAAAGAUGGGAACGCUGUUGCACUAUCACAUGACCACAAACCAUAUCAGCUCAAAGAGCGCAAGAGGAUCAAGAGAGCAGGAGGCUUCAUCAGUUUUAAUGGAUCCUGGAGAGUCCAGGGAAUUCUGGCGAUGUCCCGAUCUCUUGGGGACUACCCAUUAAAGAACCUCAACGUAGUCAUCCCAGAUCCUGAUAUCAUGACCUUUGACCUGGACAAACUGCAGCCAGAGUUCAUGAUCCUGGCUUCUGAUGGCCUGUGGGACGCCUUCAGUAACGAAGAGGCUGUCCGGUUUGUUCGCGAGCGUCUGGAUGAGCCUCACUUCGGUGCCAAGAGCAUUGUCCUCCAGUCUUUCUACCGCGGUUGCCCAGAUAACAUCACAGUCAUGGUGGUGAAGUUCAAAAGUGGGGCCGGGGGGAGUAGCAAAGCAGGGGAGUAAGUCAAGUUUAGAGGACCGAUUGUCAUCAGUGUUUUCUGUGAUCUUCCCUGGUUCUGGAUUGAGCAGCAAGCAUGAUAUCACAGGAGAACUGAGACAAGAUGAAGACUGGACACUGAGAACUGUAUUUUGGACAAGUGCACACACACAUACACACACAAAAUUACAGACAGACCAACAUACGCAAAUUUUGUAUGCAAACAUACAAAAUGAGGUUUUGUUUAGUUUGUAGAUGUUUGAGUGUGACAAGGGCAUUUAAACACAAUACAGAUCCCAUAACCAUCUGCUAACAGAAUGAAGAAUACAUUCAAAUAUGGAAGUACACGCGUACUAAACAGACACCAAACAGGAUCUCUCUUAACCAGCACACAUUAGACUGUGAUUGAUUAACUACUGUUUACUGUACAUGCACACGAAUGGUACAGCUUCACUGGAGGCUUCUUCAGAGGAGGCUACAACUAGUGCCUAAUCGAGGAUUACUGUGCAGCUACAGGAAACUAAAGAAAAAGAAUCUGCGAAACAUCACCCUGCUUGCUGCAUUUUGAUCAUGCUCUCAAAUACUGUACGUCUGUUACAUUGUUGAAAGAAAAUAGUCAAACUCAGAAAAAAAAUUCCAGGGGAUUCAUACCUUUAUUUAAGUUUAAUGCUACAACAAAAAUCCAGUGUUUGUGUAUCACUCACUCACAUUUUGUAGACUUAAAGCUUAAAACAGAUUCUAAAAGUGAACUAUUUCAGAGAAAAAGUGUUAAACAAAUUUAUUGAAACUUCUUAAACUCCUCCUACAGAGUAAUGAUGCUUAUUGGCCAGCAAUCAUGAAAGACGGAAUAUGAAUUAAUGGAAUAAGACAUUUAUAUUUACAAGCUUUUUUUAAAUUAAUUUUGGGUUGAUUGAAGUUUAAUUAUAAAUCCACUCUUUAAAAAGAAUAGACAUUUUUUAAUUGGCAAAUUUUAUAAUGCAUCAUUUUAAUUCACAUUUAAUACAGUACAUCAAUUUAAAAUAUAUAUUUUCAUUACAAUUAGGUGCAUCAUUUUUACGGUGGCACACUACAGGCUCCAUACAUAACUUACAUUACUUCACUCUUCAUUUGUAUGCUCAGUAUAUUCCUAACUUAUUUUUGCCAAAAUAUGACUAAAGAAGUUUCUGCAGCCUUUAAAAUGUACGACUUCCAUUGGUUUGUUCACAUUUCGUCAAAAGGAUAACUGUCUUUCUUAAGCAUGACUUAUCACAGCCAAUUAGUUAGGGAUUCAAAACAAUGAAUGACCAGUAGGUGUGUUCUCAGGCUCAGGUUGGAGAUGUUUCUUUAGAUAAAUAGUCCUUGUUAUGAUUCCAAGCUGACCACAGCCACUGUUUCCUGUAAAGGAUGAAACUCAUUUUCACAGCCACCUUUACAGGUGGCGAGUGAUACUCAAAAGAUAGAUUUUAGGUGGAGUAUUUUUCCAAACAUACCACACAAACACAGACAAAUACACAGUUCUGAAAUGAAUGCACUUUUCAGAUGUUUCUUUUUUUGGGGAGGGGUGGGGGGGGGGGGGGGGGGGGUGCUAAAUUCUUACAUAUCAGCCUAUGUAAACACUGUAUAUCCUCAAUAAUGCAAGAGUUUUAAUGUAUAUAAAACCUGACUUAGUUCCAGGCAUUCACUUCUUGGUAAUGCAAUUUCAUGGAGCAAAUGUGAGGUCUUCUGUUGAAGUGGUUUUACACCAUCUGUAUCAGGGCAUGUGCUUUGGCUUAUCCGAGUUCAUGAACAAAGUACAUACUGACACUAGUGGCUGCCUUUGAACUGGGAAGCACACUAAACAGGACUGCUGACAUGAGAAACAGACUAAGAGAUGACACAUCAUGUACUGUACUGUAAAGCUGCAACUGUAAUGCUAGUAAUAUGAUAUGCUCCUGAAGCAAUACAACUGGUGUCAUUAACCGCAACAAUUUGUCAAGGAAAGUUACAGUAAACCAUACUUGAUUUACUGCUGUUUUAAGUUCACUUAGUUUUUACCACUGUGUUUCAUGACUUUUGCAUCAGAUCAGAGGAGUAACAAGCCUUUUUUUUUAAUUUAACAGUUUACCUAAUGCCUUAUUUAUUGAGUUUUGGGAGGCGUCUGGCAGAUUGCCAAAUCUGUAUACUUUAUAUUACUUUUAUGUCCUUCUGUAAAUGAGCAGAAGUUUACAAUAAAAUAGAUAUCCAUUGCUUUAAUUUGAGAGGCCUGUCCAUGAUUCACUAUGUUUGAGCUGAUGCCCAGUGUUAAAAAAAAAAACACAACAAAACUGUAAAAAUCUUCUGUAUGUAAACUAUC